UCAAACUCAAAAGAGACAUAUAAAACCAAACAAUUCAAGUGUCAUCUCUUCACUAUAAUCACCUCUUACCCAAAUUGUGUUAACAACAAUACACACACAAAAACAGAACACUCUCACAAACCUACCUUAUUAAUAAUCAUAGUUACAAACCUUUGAUUAAUUAACCUUCAUUAUAUCAACUAAUAAUGGAGUUUUUCAAUAAAUCAAAGAUUAUUAAGCUACGAAGCCACCUAGACAAAUACUUAAUCAUCGACGACGACCACAUCGGAAAACAAAAACUCCGUCAAAGCCGAAACGGAAGUGUUAGAAGAGCUCAAUGGACAAUAGAACAAUUGGAAAACAAUCCUCAUCUAAUACGGUUAAAAAGCUACAACGGAAAAUACUUAACAGCAACAGAAACACCUUUUCCGUUAAUUUUAACGGCAAAAACGGUUAUUCUAACGGAAUUAGAAAACGGUUUAGACGGUAAAAAUGAGUGGGAACCAAUAAGAGACGGUUUUCAAGUGAAGUUAAGGAGUUACUGUGGGAAGUAUUUGAAAGGUAACGGCGGAGCGCCGCCGUGGAGAAACAGUGUAACGAUUGAUGAUUCUUUUGGUUCUGUGAAAAUGGAUUCUGUUUUAUGGGAUGUUGAAGAUGUGGUUGUUGAGGAAAUGAAUGAAGUGGUUUUUGAGAGGAUGUUAUCGUCUUUUACUUCUUCUGAUGAUGUUUCGUUUAAUUCUGAUGCGCCGUCGUCUCCGAUGUCGGUUUUUUCGUUGGGGUCGCCGCCGGAGAAAGUGAAUUCUCAGACAACAAAACCCAACAAGCUAAGAAGUGGAAUGGACUUCUUCCACAGAGCAAAAGCAGUACGUCUACGUAGUCACCAUGAUAAAUAUCUUCUAGCAGAAGAAGAUGAAGAAUCAGUAACACAAGACAAAAACGGUUCAUCAAAAAAUGCUAAAUGGUUUGUUGAAUAUGUUCCAAAUUAUGACAACGUUAUCCGUCUCAAAAGCUGUUAUGGUAAAUACCUUACUGCUACAGAUAACGCUUUUCUUCUAGGAAUGACCGGUAGAAAAGUUCUUCAAACACUUCCUAAAACACUUGAUUCUUCUGUUGAAUGGGAACCUAUUAGAGAUGGUGUUCGUGUUAAGCUCAAAACUAGAUAUGGGAAUUUUCUUAGAGGAAAUGGUGGGUUACCACCUUGGAGAAAUACUGUAACUCAUGAUAUUCCUCAUAGGACUGUUACUCAAGAUUGGAUUUUGUGGGAUGUUGAUGUUGUUGAGAUUCAUGUUGGUAGUAGACAUCAACAGCAACAACCUUCUGCUCCAUCUCUUCCAACAAAGAUUCAUAACCCUUCUCCUGCUGUAGUGGUUCCUAAUGUUUCUGCAGGAAGUUUUUCUAGGCAACAGUCGAAUGACGAUAUAUCACCUAAGAAGACGGAGGGGCGAAUUAUAUACUACCAUGUAGCUGAAGAUGAUGGAGAAGUGACUGAUGAAGGUAUGCAAGGAUAUUCUUUGGUUUUCAAAGGGAAUGGAGUUGAGGAAUUGAGAAAGAAGUUUGAGGAAGAGACAGGUUUAGAAGGAAUCAUUGUUUGUAGUCGGAGUCCUUUGAAUGGAAAACUUUAUCCUCUUCGGUUGCAGCUUCCUCCAAAUAAUGUCACCAUGCAAGUUGUUUUGGUUCUUCCCUUCUCAAAAGUGGCAAGAGAUUUGGAGGCACAAGGUUUUCUUUGAGAAUCCAGAUUUUGCAACACAUGGCCUUUGUACAUACUGAUUCAAGCUUGUGAGAGUUAUAAGUGAAAACAAAAUUUAGGAUUUGAGAAUGUGUUGUAAGUUGUAACUUAUAAGUUCCUCCUUGUACUAGUCCAUUGCAUUAUUCAACAGAUUACUAUGGAAGCAGGUUAAAAUUGUCAUUGAAAAAUGGAUUUUAAGUAUAACAGCAAUGUUCAAUGGUUUUGUAAUGUUCUAGGCUUAAGAUUGUUUCUCUAGGUGAUGCUAUGACAUGUUCAUAUAAGUUUUGUCAGAAUCAGAUAAAGAUUUUUUAAUUAUAAAUUUAUGAUAGUA